GCCCGGGCAUGGCCGCGGCGAGGGCGCUGGGCGGCAGCCUAGGCGCGCCCGCCCCGCACUGCCUCAGCGCGGCGAGCGGCGGACAGGCACCCUCGCGGGGAGGAGCCGGCGGCCCCGGGACCCGCCGCCGCGCGCGCCUGAACCCGCCCAUCCGGCUCCUUCUCCUCCCCAUGGGCGGGAGCGGCUCUGGCCCAGAGCCCACGGGGGAGCCAACUGCGGCCCCCAACCGAGCACCGCCAGCCCUGGGUACCCCCUCACUUCCACGUUCUCCCCGGAACACCUGCCUUCACGCGGCCCCUGGAGGUCCCCGGAGUGGAUGGGGGUGGGCUGCUACCCUGGCCGCCCAGAGCCGGGGAUGCCCGCCUGGGGCAUCUCCCAGCUGAGCGGGAAGAGGGAUCCCGCCCAGUUCCGGGAGCUGAGUACCAGCGUGGACGUGAUGUCGAGGAGGUGUCACCGUCAGAGGAUGCAGCAUGUGUAAACUCAUGUAGAGUUUCUGACCAGACAAGACCUGCUGGAAAUUCCCAGGAUCUUCCUUUUUUAAGGUAGAAGUUAAUAAUAUGUUGUAUAUAUUGUUUUUUUUCCUCCUUCCUUUCUGCAAAUGUUCUAUACUUCUUGUAUGAUUCUGAGAUAUCUUCUCCUGUAUCCCCACCCAUUGCUAACAUCACCAAAGUCCCUCUUA